AUGAGUAAAUCAACGAGAUUUUUAUCUCAAUUUCUAAUUUUGCAUUGCUUCGUCAUUUUUAGUGUUGUUUCACAAGGUGAGUUUGAAAAUUUGCGGUAAUCAAAAUAGAAUCAAUAAUAGAUUUCAUUGAAAAUUAGAAAUUCAGGGUUUGACGAGUUGAAAUGUUAUGCUGGAGAUUUACCAACUAAACCACCUUGCUCAAAUUCGCAAUACAAAACCAAUUUUUCGAAUUAUGAUGAUUUUUGUUGUGGUAAGUCGAAACUUUUUUGAUCAUAUCUGAACGUUUUCACAUUUUUAAGAUCUUGGUAAAUUGAAAUGUAUCGAUGGAAAAUCGCCGACAAAUUUGCCAUGUGCACAAAAUCAAUAUGAAGCGGAGUUUCAUGAAAAUACUACACUUUGUUGCGGUAAGUCGAAACUUUUUUGAUCAUAUCUGAAUGUUUUCACAUUUUGAAGAUCUUGGUAAAUUGCAAUGUAUUGAUGGAAAAUCGCCGACAAAUUUGCCAUGUGCACAAAAUCAAUAUGAAGCGGAGUUUCAUGAAAAUACUACACUUUGUUGCGGUAAGUCGAAACUUUUUUGAUCAUAUCUGAACGUUAUCACAUUUUUAAGAUCUUGGUAAAUUGAAAUGUAUCGAUGGAAAAUCGCCGACAAAUUUGCCGUGUGCACAAAAUCAAUAUGAAGCGAUGUUUCAUGAAAAUAAACUUUGUUGCGGUAAGUCGAAACUUUUUUGAUCAUAUCUGAAUGUUUUCACAUUUUGAAGAUCUUGGUAAAUUGCAAUGUAUUGAUGGAAAAUCGCCGACAAAUUUGCCGUGUGCACAAAAUCAAUAUGAAGCGAAGUUUCUUGAAAAUACACUUUGUUGCGGUAAGUCGAAACGUUUUUGAUCAUACCUGAACGUUAUUAUUGAAUUAAAAACACGUGAGAAAUAAAAAAGGAGGUCAAGUGACGUGGAUUUAAAAACAAUAUAGGUAGCCAUGUCGUCAAUUGCGAUGCGGUUCUGCGAUGCGUGUUGACCUCGAUGUUUUCCAUUGGAUUUUCCAAAUUUUCAUUUCUAAAAACGUGUCGCUCACACGCAUCGCAACUAACGACAUGGGUACCAAUACUGUUUUUAAAUCCACGUCACUUUACCUACUUUUUUAUUUCUCACGUGUUUUUAAUUCAAUAAUACCACAUUUUGAAGAUCUUGGUAAAUUGCAAUGUAUUGAUGGAAAAUCGCCGACAAAUAUGCCGUGUGCACAAAAUCAAUAUGAAGCGAAGUUUCAUGAAAAUAGACUUUGUUGCGGUAAGUCGAAACUUUUUUGAUCAUAUCUGAACGUUAUCACAUUUUGAAGAGCUUGGUAAAUUGCAAUGUAUUGAUGGAAAAUCGCCGACAAAUAUGCCGUGUGCACAAAAUCAAUAUGAAGCGAAGUUUCAUGAAAAUAGACUUUGUUGCGGUAAGUCGAAACUUUUUGAUCAUAUCUGAACGUUAUCACAUUUUGAAGAGCUUGGUAAAUUGCAAUGUAUUGAUGGAAAAUCGCCGACAAAUAUGCCGUGUGCACAAAAUCAAUAUGAAGCGAUGUUUCAUGAAAAUAAACUUUGUUGCGGUAAGUCGAAACUUUUUUGAUCAUAUCUGAACGUUAUCACAUUUUGAAGAUCUUGAUAAAUUGCAAUGUAUUGAUGGAAAAUCGCCGACAAAUUCGCCGUGUGCACAAAAUCAAUAUGAAGCGAUGUUUCAUGAAAAUAAACUUUGUUGCGGUAAACAAAAUAUAAUGAAACCUAUAUAGAUUUUAUCGAAUUUCAGGUCUUGAUGGAUUGAAAUGUCAUGGCGGAGCUACACCAACUAACAAACCAUGCUCAAAUUCACAAUUUCAGGCGGUUUUUUCGAAUCUUGGUCAAUUUUGUUGUGGUGAGUCAAGAUUUUUUUUAAUUGCAUCUAAAAAUUAUCUCAUUUUCAAGAUUUUGGCGAAUUGAAAUGCGAUAAUGGAACAUCGCCAACCAAUCCGCCAUGCUCAAAAGAUCAAAAUCAAGUAAAGUUUAGUGAAUAUCAAUUUUGCUGCGGUCAGUGA